AUGUCAUCCGUUGCACAACAAGCUGCCAAGAAGGUUGAUUUCGCUAAACUCAUCAAGAGUUUGGGAUUGACUGGCUCAACUGCAGCAUCAUUGACCGCUUUCAAAAAGAGACACGAAGAGGCAAAGAAACAAUUUAUAGAUUUGUCAAGUCAAUCUACUGAAGUUGAUUUCAACCGUUACAGACAAAUCUUGAAAAACUCAAAAGUUGUUGAUGAGAUUGAAAAAGCAGUCACCUCAUUCAAACCAGUCACCAUUGAUGUUUCCAAGAACUUGAAGAAUAUUGAAAUUUUUGAACAAAAGGCUGUUGAAAAUGCUCAAUUGACUGAAAAAUCUGUUACUAAAGAGAUUGCUGAAUUGAAAGCCACCUUGAAGGAUAUUGAAAGUGCAAGACCAUUUGACCAAUUGACCGUUGACGAUGUAGCUAAAGUAAGACCAGACUUGGACGAAAAGACCGCUUAUAUGGUUAAGAACGGUAAAUGGGUUGUUCCAGGAUAUAGAGAAAAAUUUGGUGACUUGGCUGCUAUGUAG